AUGUUGUUAGUGGGCUGGAAGUUACAAAACAAGCAUGUGCUGGUGAUUGGCGGAGGUGAGGUCGCGAAGGGGAGGGUGGAAGCUGCGGUGAAGGCCGGUGGGUUGGUUACAGUGAUUGCACCGGAGGUGGUGACGGAGAUUGAGGAUCUGGAGAGUACGAUGCAGCUGAACAGAGUGGAGAGACGCGAUGUGGAUUUGGAGACAGAUUUCGUGGUGGAUCCGCUGGCGGAGAUUGAACAGGAUUACGAUAUGGUGUUUUCGGCAAUCGACGACAGGGAGUUGUCACAUAAGAUAUAUCUGGAGUGCAAGAAGCGGAAGAUUCCAGUGAACGUCGCAGAUAUCCCAGAUGAAUGCGAUUUCUAUUUCGGCUCGGUCAUUGAGAAGGGACCUUUACAAGUAAUGGUUUCGACAGGCGGAGCUGCCCCGAGACUGGCUAGAAAAGUGAGGGUUGGAAUUGAGAACCAGCUGGACGAACUGAACAUCGAAAAAGCUAUUUAUAACGUUGGCAAGCUGAGGAAGAUGCUCAGAGAACAUACUACUGGCACAGACGAAAUAAGCGGCAAAGAAACCGGUUAUGAUAAGAAUACUAUUACCACCCGUAUGAAGUGGAUCUCGGAUAUCUGUGACCGGUACAAUUUCAACGAGCUUGCCGACCUAAGCGAGACAGAUCUCGAGCUGAUGCUGGCGAAAUAUCCUGCUCCAGUAAGAGAAGAGCCAGAUAAAGAGACCCAAUCAUCAGAAAAAGAGGCCAGUUUAUAA